AUGUCGCAGUCAGAUGUUGAAGAGAAACAUGUCGUUAGAGACAAAGCAGUCUCGCAAGAAGACAUGAGCCGCCCGUCGUCUUCGAUCCACGAUGACAUCCAUCAACAAGAGGAAACAGCAAGCAACCACGAGGUAGCAGGAGACAAAGAAGCGCAAAUAGACGCAAGAUCGACAUUGACUGCCGAAUCCGCUAUUCCUCCACCUCCAGAUGGCGGACUCCAUGCCUGGCUGAAGGUGUUUGGAGGAUUCAUGAUAUACAUCAAUAUCUGGGGCUUCACCCUAACCUACGGCGCCUUCCAAACCUACUACCGCACUACGCUCCUCACCUCGUCUACCCCCAGCGCUAUAUCCUGGAUCGGAACCGUACAAGCUUGGCUGCUCAUCGUCAUCGGCACGCUAUCCGGACCCUUAUUCGAUCUCGGCUAUUUCCGCAGCAUGCUGCUCGUUGGAAACUUUCUGGUCGUGCUAGGCAUCAUGAUGCUCAGUCUGAGUACACAGUACUGGCAGGUAUUCCUCAGCCAGGGUGUGUGUAUGGGCUUGGGGGCUGGAUUGCUAUACAUACCUAGUUUAGCCAUGGUGGGAGUGUGGUUCAGCAAGAAGAGAGCGUUAGCUAUGGGUAUUGUCAUGAGUGGUAUUGCUGUUGGAGGCGUAAUCUACAUAAUCAUGUUCGACCGCCUUACCAAGACCGCUGGUUUCCCGUGGGCUAUCCGCGCUAUAGGUUUCGUCGCUUUAGCCGCUGCUCUCCUUUCCAUUCCCGCUCUGCUCUCUGGCUCCGCGUGGUUGAAGCAUAAGCGAAAGCGUCGUGCGCUGUUCGACAAGUCAGCGCUCCAUGAUCGUCUCUUCCUCGUCUUCACAGCGUGCUCUUUCAGCACUUUCCUCGGCUACAUUGUGCCUUACUUCUAUAUCCCGACGUAUGCGCGCGAACGUCUUGGCAGCUCGGAGAGCACGGCGCUGUACAUGCUUGUGUUGGCUAUAGCGGGCAGUUUCUUCGGGAGACUGGUCAGUGGCGUCGCAGCGCAUUGGGUUGGGGCUAUCGUCACAUGGGGACUUUGUGCGUUUGCGAGUGGGUUGUUGGCACUGGUUUGGAUUAGUAUAGAGACUGAGAAGAGCUUUAUUGCUUUCAGUAUACUGUGGGGUUUCUUCUCUGCGGCUCUAGUCACUGUACCAUCUGCGGCUUUCGCAAACAUCACACCCGAUCUUUCGCGGUUGGGGACCAGGCUAGGCAUGAGUUGGAGUGUGUCUAGUAUUGCUACGCUUAUCGGUGCGCCGAUUGCCGGGGCUCUACUCAAGAAGACGGACGGGCGCACCAAUUUCAUUGGGGUGCAGGUUUGGAGUGGCGCUUGUUUGAUGGUGGGGACGGGUUGGUUGGUGGUGCUUUGGGUUGUUACUGUGAAGUCGCAGAAGAAGGGUUGGAGAGUUUAG